GCAUUCAAACGCGCCAUUCGACUGAGGGGGAACCGUAGGGUAGCGUUAGGAAUAAGGUGUGAGUCUGGCAAAACAAACUAAAGAAUCCUUAACACAACAAACAAGUCUUCAAACACCUCUGAGAGCGAAAGAUUUUAUUUUUUAAACAAAAGCCAAAGAAGGUUCCAGGUGGUUAUUAAUUAAUUAAUUGUGCCAGUUAUGCCAAUGGAAGUGAACGCGGAAGCUAAGCGGAUCAUGGCGCUGUCUGUGAGUAAGCUGUACAGCUGCCGCAUGCAGAGAGGCGGUAUGAAGCUACACAGGAGCCUGCAGCUCUCCCUGGUCAUGAGAUCGGCCCGCGACAUCUACUUCAUCGCCAAACUGGGGAGCGAAGCGGAGGCGGCGGGGCGCCAGCCAGGGGCGGAGGACAGGGACGUGGCGGUGGUGACCGAGGCCGUAGGGCAAGCGGCCACUGAGCCCCAGCAAAGCGCGGAGACUGGCUGCGAAACCGGGACCGAGGCGCAUAUGCAGACAGAGCCCAGUCCGGAGCCGAGUUGCGCUCCAGCCGUCACCCAGCCUUUAACAGAGGCGCCCAGCAACGUGCCUGCCAAGACGGAAUGCAAACCCAAACCCGCCCAGAUUGUUCCCCCCGGCGACAAGGAGAACGCGAGCCCCCGGAGCUGCAGCGCGGUGCCCGCUCUGGCUCCCGACAGACACUCGAGGAAGCGGAGGGGCAAAGCCCCCGAAGAACCAGAGUUCCUGCCCAGUAAGAAAUCCAGGAUAGAGCAAGCGGAGGCGGGGCAGGGGGAACUGUCCGCUUUGGCAGAGUCCUCGGCCCGGGCUAGUAACACGCCGUGGAAAGGAGGCGAGCCCGGGCUCAAGAGCAGCAGCUGCCGUGGCGGGGGGAGUCUGGCGAGCAGUCUGGGGGGCAGUCUGUUCAGG